AUGUCACGGCAUCGAGGUAUACGUUCGAUGAAUUAUUCUGAUGAAUACGACGGCUAUGACGAUGUAUACGGACACUCUGUAGAAGAUGAUUACUGCAUGUCUCCUGGAGCUGAUGAAUUUUUGUUCGACCGUAACAAGCAGCCGAACAUCGCUUCCUUCAUCAACGAGCCUGAUAUUAAAGAAGACAAUGAAGAUGAUGAUGAUGAUGAUAACAAAGCUUCAGCUUUGCCCAAAAAACCUGAGUUGUCUGAACUUGACACUGCUAAGCUGAUGUCCUGUAUUGAGGUGGUGAAAAACGUUAUCGGUGACACUGUUCCUGAUUCAAUACUCACUGAGAAAAUAAUUGAAUGCAAUUUUGAUGCUGAAGUUGCUCUGGAUAAUAUUCUUAAAUCUUCGCCUCCUAAAUAUCAGUCUGAUGCAGCCAAGGCCAAAGAUCGCAUAGAAGCACAAUCAGGUUCCUUAACAAUUACAUCUAAUAACAUUAAGCCCAAGUUGAAUUUACUGACUAAAAAACCCGGGUCCCCGAUUUUCGGGGCUAAAAAAAACGAAACCAAGUCUCCGGGCUUUUCUUCUCUUUCUGACCUGAUGGCGAGUCAUAAAUCUAAAGUAACUCCGGAAAAACCGAAAUUUAAUUCGUUGUCCGGUUUGAUCAGUAACCAUGCGAGUGCUAAAGGUUUAAGUCCGAAAAAUGACAAGCUCGGUGAUAAAAAAUCAUUUGGUUCGCUGGCCGAGAUGACUGCUCAUCAUUUAAAAUCCAACAGUCCAUUAAAGAAAAGUACUUUUGUUAUACCAAAAUUAUCUAAUAGAGAACCAACCCCGAUUCAUCUGCCGGGUAAAUUGAUCAAGUCAGUAGACAAUGUUGAUGCGGUUAACACUGAGGUUAAUAAAGUGGCCUCCAGUGUGAAGAAUCUCCAGUUGGAGCAGAAAUUUGAAGGAAAAAAUAAAGAAAAGAAUGAGGAAAAAGAAGAAGAAAAGUCUAAUGACUGGGAAAUUGAUUUAACCGCAGCUCUCAGACAGUCCGAAUCAUCUGCUAAUUAUAAAAAAAUUAAAUUAGCUAAUGAACAAGACAAUUCCACAAAAAGAAAGGAUGGUUUUAAUUUAAAAGAACUUUAUGAUAAUAUCAAUGAACCUAUUUGUUCAUCGUUGAUUGUUGAAAGCGUCGAAGUACUCGAAUGCAAAUUAACUUCAAUUAACUUAAAGUACUCUCAGUUGACUCAUUUCAAUAAAAUGGCAUCACCUUUUGGAAAAAUGUUAUGUAAAAAAUGGAAAAGUCACAAACCAUACAUUGAGAAAUCAAAGUCUGAAUUCAGUGAUAUCAUUAAACCAUUUGAUUUUUCAUCACCGUCUCCCGACAGUAUCAAGAUAAAGCCAACAGUACAAGUAACAACGCCAUCAGCGAGAGUCGUAACUCCAGCAAAAGCACGCACAAUUACAAAGGGGUUUGAUUUGAAGAAUAACAUUGACAGCGAUUUACUGCACGCGCGUCAAGAAAGCCCGAGAUCGCUGAGUCCCUUAGAGGCGUCAGCGAACUCUUCAACAGGCCCUAAAGGAAAAGAAGAAGGGUUCAAGAAGAAUCUCAACGUCUCCAUACCAAAUUCACCACGUUGUCAAUCACCACAGUCAGGACGCGUUACUCCGGAAAAUAAAUCUAAGAGCGCUGAGGAUAAGCGUGAUGUUGCAGCUAUUUAUAAAGACAAGCGAGGAGACGCUAAAGAGCAGCUGCAUCUCGUGGUUGUGGGCCAUGUUGAUGCUGGAAAAAGUACUUUACUUGGACGAUUGCUCUGCGACUUGGGACAGGUUUCGUCAAAGUUGAUUCAUAAGUAUCAGCAGGAAAGUAAGAAAAUUGGUAAACAAUCUUUUGCCUAUGCUUGGGUCCUUGAUGAAACUGGAGAAGAAAGGGAGAGAGGAAUAACGAUGGAUGUUGGAUACACAAAGUGUUUCACAGAUAGCAGUGGUAGUAAACAAGCUGGACACUGUAGACUGGUCUAAAGAAAGAUUCGAUGAAAUAUCUGAAAAAAUGAGCGUCUUUUUAAAACAAGCAGGUUUCAGAGAUACCGUGACUUUUGUUCCUUGCAGCGGAUUAUCCGGAGAAAACCUUGCGUCUCCUGCAAAAGCUCCGGGACUCACGAGUUGGUACAGCGGACCAACUCUACUCAAAGUUAUCGACAGCUUCAAAUGCCCAGAGAGGCCAAUUGCCAAACCCUUCCGUUUGUCUGUUAACGACGUAUUCAAAGGCACUGGUUCGGGAUUUUGUAUUUCAGGUCAUGUUGAGGCAGGGAUGGUAGUUGUCGGUGAUAAAGUAUUGCUUCUACCCCGUAAUGAAAAUGGAGUUGUCAAAGGAAUACUUGCCGAUGAAUUGCCAAUUACAAAUAGCUUCGCCGGAGACAAUAUCUCUCUGAUAAUUUCAGGAAUAGAGCAGCAAAACAUAGGAGUCGGUGACAUAAUUUGCAAUCCUCACAAGCCGAUACCUGUAACAACUUGCUUCGAAGCUCAUGUUGUUAUUUUCUCAAUCGCAAUGCCCAUUACUAAAGGACUUCCAGUAGUACUUCAUUCCCAGUCGUUAGUAGAACCCGCGGUUAUUACAAAGUUAAUCGAGCAACUCCACAAAAGCACUGGGCAAGUUAUAAAAAAGAAACCGAGGUGCUUGCCCAAAAACUCCAGCGCUACUAUUGAAAUUUCAACUCAAAGACCAAUUUGUCUAGAGCUCUACCGUGAUUUUAAACAACUCGGUAGAGUUAUGCUUCGCUUAUCCGGUACGACAAUCGCCGCUGGGCUUGUUACAAAAAUAAAAAAUAAGUAA